UACGAUCUUUGUACUCACCUGUCGCUAGGAUACUUUGCCCUCCUCUGCCGCCACGCCAUUGGUGGACGAGUGAUGGGGGAAGUGCUGCUGUAAGUUAGUUACCUUCUGCCAGUAAAACUGUACAACCGAAGACAAACAGAAAGAAGAAAACUAAAUUUUUAGAGCAUUGUAGGGAAACAGUGCGGGAAAAAAUCACUUUAUUCUGACAUUCAAACAUUUUUCCACCAUGGAGUUUGGUGAAGAGUCGUCGCCUGCUCUGGCUUUCGAUAAGGACGCGUUUGAGCUGACGGUGGAGGAUGUGUAUGAUAUUUCAUAUGUAAUCGGUCGAGAUUUGUUAAAAAUCCGCAGCAAAGGCGAAGAAGUGUCGGACUUACAGUUCAGGAUAGUCCGCGUGUUGGAAAUGUUUGAAACUUUAGUGAAUAAGUACAACUUGUCUCUGGAGGAGCUGAAAAUGGAGCGAGACAACCUGAAGAGUGAACUGGACCGGAUCCUGCAGGAGAGAUCAUCUGGACAGGGGACGCAGACAGCGGGUCCGAACCAGCUGCUGGUGGACCUCACGGACCCCAACAGACCGCGCUUCACCAUGCAGGAGCUGAAGGAGGUUCUGCAGGAGAGGAACCAGCUCAAAGCUCAGCUGAUGGUGGCUCAGGAGGAGCUGCAGCUCUACAGGAGUGGGAUUCUGCCCCAGGCUGAACCUGCCAUGGUGGAAGUGGAUCUGGACACACCAGCGCACACAGAGCACAGUAAAGCCACGAUAAGUAAUGCAAAAGAGGAGAAAACCACCAUAGGCAAACUGUUUUCAUUCAGGCGAAAAUAAGGAAAACCUUCCUUAAGAGCUGACGAUGUAGAAGACAAACGGGAUUUGUCUGCACGGUUUUCUCAUUAGUUGACCACUUUUAUAUUGAUCAUUUUGUACUAUUUUCAACAAGCACUGUAUUAUGUACUGGUCAUUUAUACCGAAGACGGUUUAUAGUCAAAUAGAGAGUAGAAAUAUAUAUUAUGUGGAAAGUUUUCCUGAUAUGAAGUAAAACUGGAAAGUAUUAUCCAAUUCAUGUUGGAGAUUAUGCUAAAUAAUUAACUCAAAACAAAGUUAUUUAUAGGAUUGAGAAUGUAAUGUUUUAUAAAUCUAAAUUCAUUCUACAACGGGACGCAUGUUGGUCUUGUAAUGUAACAAUAUUUGUUCUCAACUGUCAAAUAAACAAAAGUGGGCCUCAACCCUCGACAAUCAUAA